UUCCGGUACCGCUCCAUCGCCGCCCCAGCAGCCCUGCCCGCGCGGCGCCUAUAUAUAUGUUUGCCCAGUCCCGUGUGUCAUGUGCAAGCGUGACUCGUGCUAGCUCCUCUGGUCGACCACCCUCUCCGUCCAUAUCCACUUCCACUUCUCUCUCCUCCUCGUCCAUCGAUCAAUCUCCUCUGCACUACCCGUGUGCCUAGCUGUAGCUACUAGCUAGCUAGAGCCUAGAGCUACCUCUCUCGUCGGAAGCUAGCUAGCUAGCCGUGUGCGUGCGCGGGCGCCAUGGAUCUGUGGCGGCUGGCGUGCAUGGUGGCGGCGGCGGCGGUGGCGACGGUGGCGAGGAGCGACCCGCAGGUGCCGUGCUACUUCAUCUUCGGCGACUCGCUGGUGGACAACGGCAACAACAACUACAUCGUGUCCCUGGCGCGCGCCAACUACCCGCCCUACGGCAUCGACUUCGCCGGCGGCCCGUCCGGGCGCUUCACCAACGGCCUCACCACCGUCGACGUCAUCGCUCAACUUCUGGGCUUCGACAAUUUCAUCCCUCCCUACGCCGCGACGGGCGGCGACCAGCUCCUCAACGGCGUCAACUUCGCCUCCGCCGCCGCCGGGAUCCGUGCCGAGACCGGCCAGCAGCUGGGCGGUCGGAUCCCGUUCGCGGGGCAGGUGCAGAACUACCAGACGGCGGUGCAGACGCUGGUGAACAUCCUGGGCGACCGGGACACGGCGUCGGAGCGGCUGAGCCAGUGCAUCUUCACGGUGGGCAUGGGCAGCAACGACUACCUCAACAACUACUUCCAGCCGGCCUUCUACAGCACCGGCAGCCGCUACACGCCGGAGCAGUUCGCCGACUCGCUCAUCUCCGACUACCGCCGCUACCUCCAGGCCAUGUACAGCUACGGCGCCCGGAAGGUGGCCCUGAUCGGGGUGGGCCAGGUCGGCUGCGCCCCCAACGAGCUCGCCCGCUACAGCCCCGACGGCGCCACCUGCGUCGGCCGCAUCGACGACGCCAUCCAGAUCUUCAACCGCCGGCUCGUCGGCCUCGUCGACCAGAUGAACGCCCUCCCCGGCGCCCACUUCACCUACAUCAACGCAUACAACAUCUUCAACGACAUCCUCGCCAACGCCGCCGCCUACGGGUUCACGGAGUCCACCGCCGGGUGCUGCGGCGUCGGCCGGAACAACGGGGAGGUCACGUGCCUGCCGUACCAGGCGCCCUGCGCCAACAGGGACCAGCACAUCUUCUGGGACGCCUUCCACCCGUCGGAGGCGGCCAACAUCAUCGUCGGCCGGAGGUCCUACCAAGCCCAAUCGCCCAACGACGCCUACCCGGUGGACAUCAGCACGCUCGCGUCCCUUUGAUCCCGUCAGUAGUAUGACACCAUCUCUGCGAGUGAGUGAGUGAGUGGUCGAUCCAGUACCCAUUUCCGCUCGCCAACAAACAAGGGCAUGUAAAUGGAUUAGUAGUAAUUCUUUUCGAUCCGUAAACGCGCCUGCAUUAGCCUGUCUUCUUUUCUUUUUUUGGUUCGUUUUGCCUUUUGCGAUGAAUACGCCAUGCAUGCAGUUUGUAACAGGUAUAGACAAUAACUGGUUUUCAUCUCAAGGAUUAAGGAGUGCCUGAAUAAUCGGCGCAAGUGAGCAGCCAUCUCCGUUCGUGUUCAGUGGAGAGAGAGACAGGGAUAUGUUCAGAAUUAAUUGGUUAAUUAAUUGGACUGUUAUAAAGACUAUGGGUUUCAUUCA